AUUAAGAUGUGGUGGAGAGAUAAUAGAGGUUAAUCACUCUGUUCACAAAUUUCCUUCUCCAGUGCCAAGUUGACAAUUCCAGAAAUAAACCUUCACAUUCACAGUUCACUAUAUAAUCGAAAAUUCCACUUUACAAAAAGGGCACUUAAAAAGAGGGUACAAAACCAGCAAGAAAUUUUUUGCUGGGUGGGUCAAAAUCAAGAACAAGGGCCAAUAUUAUAGCAAGAAUUUCGAAUUUUAUAGAAAGGGAACUCUUUUUGGAGUAGCUUAGUUUGCAAAAUUCUGCCCGAUUUUUCUAAUUUCCAUUUGAGACAGAAAUUUGGAAGGAUUCUACUUGGUUGCAUUUUGGGAUUGAUCAAAUCUUUUGAGAACUGUACAUGUGUACAAAGGGGAGGAAUAUAUAGAGCUUUAGUUUAGAAAAAAGAAACAGCAUGCCUCUCAGUUUAGUAUGGGUUGUAUCCCCAAGUACAGAGGUGUAUAGUGGAUUUGGUGUCACAGAAUCAUUGGUGGGUCGUUCUAUUUUCAAUGGAAGGUCAAAGAAGAUCUCUAGGAAACAAGAGAAUUGGAAUUCUUGGACAUUCAAUGUUGCAAAACAGCAAAAGAGAGGAGGAUUUCCGGUGCUUUCGAGCAUGGUGGCGAAUCCAACAGGAGACAUGACAGUUUUGUCGUCAGAGCAAAGGGUGUAUGAUGUGGUAUUGAAGCAGGCAGCUUUGGUAAAUAGGGAGUUGAGGUCGCGAGAUGAUCUUGAUGUUGAUGUGAAGCCAGAUAUUGCUGUUCCAGGGACUCUAAGCUUGCUUGGUGAGGCUUAUGACCGGUGUGGUGAAGUUUGUGCUGAGUAUGCCAAAACUUUUUACUUGGGAACUCAGCUUAUGACCCCUGUAAAGCGACAGGCUAUAUGGGCAAUAUAUGUGUGGUGUAAGGAUGAGCUUGUUGAUGGACCUAAUGCUUCACAUAUAACACCUAUGGCUUUGGAUAGGUGGGAGGCAAGGUUAGAAGACCUCUUUAGAGGCCGUCCGUUUGACAUGCUUGAUGCUGCCUUAUCUGACACUGUUACUAAGUUCCCAAUUGAUAUCCAGCCAUUCAAAGAUAUGAUUGAAGGAAUGAGGCUGGAUCUUAAGAAGUCUAGAUACAAGAACUUUGACGAAUUAUACCUGUACUGCUAUUAUGUUGCUGGAACAGUUGGAUUAAUGAGUGUUCCUGUUAUGGGCAUAGCACCUGAAUCAAAGGCAUCAACAGAAAGUGUCUACAAUGCUGCAUUAGCAUUAGGAAUUGCCAAUCAGCUGACCAACAUACUUAGAGAUGUCGGAGAAGAUGCCAGGAGAGGCCGUGUUUAUUUGCCACAAGACGAAUUGGCACAGGCAGGUCUUUCAGAUGAAGAUAUAUUUGCAGGAAAGGUUACGGAUAAAUGGAGGAAUUUCAUGAAGAAACAGAUCAAGCGUGCCAGGAUGUUCUUUGAUCAAGCGGAAAAUGGAGUUUCAGAACUCAGUGCAGCUAGCAGAUGGCCGGUGUGGGCAUCAUUGCUUUUGUACCGUCAGAUACUGGAUGAAAUAGAAGUGAAUGAUUACAAUAACUUCACAAAGAGGGCUUAUGUUGGCAAAGCAAAGAAGCUGCUUUCGUUGCCGAUUGCUUAUGCUAGGUCCGUGGUUCCACCUAGAUCAACUUCUAGCCUUGCGAAGGUGUAGAGACUAGAGUUCUAGUAAAGAAUCAUUGGCCAGAGUAGUUGAUUACAUUGUAAAGCAUGAGCUGUGUAUAUACACUGAAAAUACAUAUAUUCGUAAUUCUACAAAAUUCUUUAGAAGUUGUACACCAGUAAACAUGACGCACUUUUUGCUCGAAACCUUCGUGAAGCCUGUACUCGAUCUUGCACUAGGAUAGCAGGGGUGUUUGCAACCUUUUUGUGCCGACUUCAUCAAGAAUUUUGCUGAACAAAUUGUAACACGGGGAUCAAGCCUUUUUGUGGGGUUUUUUUUCUUCCAAAUGGCAACAUGUGACAAGAUAAAAGUAUUAAAAUCAAACAAUGAGAAAGGGAGCAUUCCCAAUUUUGCUAUGCAUAAAUGUAAGUGAAUUUCUGCUUAGCGACUAGUGUGGUAGUCAAAUUGGUCUUUCAAUGAUGAAUUUAUACUUCAAAUAUAUAUUUUUUUGUUCAA